AUGACCAAGGAUUUAAUGCUUACCGUUCUCAUGAAAGGCAAAACUGCGAAGGAGCUUCGGGAUCAUCUUGACACCCUGUUUCAAGACAACAAAAGUAGCCAUGCUGCAAAUCUUGAAAGUAAGUUUGUCAAUCUCAAAUUUUCUGCUUGUGCUAGUGUUGAUGACUAUUGUGACAAGCUUAAAUCAUUGUUCGAUCGAUUGCAUGAUCUUGAUUUUCCCACGAAUAAUAAGCGACUGGUUAUCCAACUGGUAAAUGGCCUUCCGGAGGAAUAUAACACUGUAGCCUCCUUUAUACAUCAAUCCAUGCCGAUAUUCGAUGCUACACGCUCGCAACUUUGUAAUGAAGAAAUCAGACGUGCACAUCAUUCUCUUACACCUGCACCAACUUCCCUUAAUGCUGUUGCAUCUCCUAUGCAACACACCUCGUCCUCAUCAUCCUAG